AGCAAGCAUCCUCAUAGCAAUCCGGAGUAGCAUGAUCAUAGUCUUCUUCUUCCUCUAGCUCGCUGCAACUCCUAACAAAGCUCUUCUUCUCCAUUGCUCCCUUCAUGCAAGCUACUACUAGCUUUUCUCCCGCUUGAAACCACCAGUAGGAGCUCUCGACCGAUCUCGGGGACGACACCCGGCCGCCGGCAGCCAUGGCGCGGGAGCAGCUGGAGGUGCUGUCGGCCCUGGACACGGCCAAGACGCAGUGGUACCACUUCACGGCGAUCGUGAUCGCCGGCAUGGGCUUCUUCACCGACGCCUACGACCUCUUCUGCAUCUCCCUCGUCACCAAGCUCCUCGGCCGCGUCUACUACUACCGCGCCGGCUCCCUCGACCCAGGCUCCCUGCCGCCCAACGUCGCCGCCGCCGUCAACGGGGUCGCCUUCUGCGGCACGCUCUCCGGCCAGCUCUUCUUCGGCUGGCUCGGCGACCGGAUGGGACGCAAGAAGGUCUACGGCAUGACCCUCAUGUGCAUGGUGCUCUGCUCCCUCGCGUCCGGGCUGUCCUUCGGGUCCACGCCCGCCAGCGUCAUGGCCACGCUCUGCUUCUUCCGCUUCUGGCUCGGCUUCGGCAUCGGCGGCGACUACCCGCUCUCCGCCACCAUCAUGUCCGAGUACGCCAACAAGAAGACCCGCGGCGCCUUCAUCGCCGCGGUGUUCGCCAUGCAGGGGUUCGGGAUCCUCACGGGCGGGGUGGUCACGCUCAUCGUCUCCGCCGCCUUCCGCGCCGCGUUCGACGCGCCCGCGUACCAGGACGGCGCCGUCGCAUCCACCCCGCCUCAGGCCGACUACGUGUGGCGCAUCAUCCUCAUGUUCGGCGCCAUCCCGGCGCUGCUCACCUACUACUGGCGGAUGAAGAUGCCCGAGACGGCGCGCUACACGGCGCUCGUCGCCAAGAACGCCAAGCAGGCCGCCGCCGACAUGUCCAAGGUCCUCCAGGUCGACAUCGCCGCCGACUCCAAGGACCCCGCCGACGACGGCAGCCCGGACCGCAACUCGUUCGGCCUCUUCUCCAGCGAGUUCCUGCACCGCCACGGCCUCCACCUGCUCGGCACCGCCACCUGCUGGUUCCUCCUCGACAUCGCCUUCUACUCGCAGAACCUCUUCCAGAAGGACAUCUUCACGGCCAUCCACUGGAUUCCCAAGGCCAAGACCAUGAGCGCCCUCGAGGAGGUGCACCGCAUCGCGCGCGCGCAGACCCUCAUCGCGCUCUGCGGCACGGUCCCGGGGUACUGGUUCACGGUGGCGCUCAUCGACCGGAUCGGCCGCUUCUGGAUCCAGCUCGGCGGCUUCUUCUUCAUGGCCGUCUUCAUGCUGGGCCUCGCCUUCCCGUACCACCACUGGACCACACCGGGCAACCACAUCGGCUUCGUCGUCCUCUACGGCCUCACCUUCUUCUUCGCCAACUUCGGGCCCAACUCCACCACCUUCAUCGUCCCCGCCGAGAUAUUCCCGGCCAGGCUCCGCUCCACGUGCCACGGCAUCUCCGCCGCGGCCGGCAAGCUCGGCGCCAUCAUCGGCUCCUUCGGGUUCCUCUACCUCGCGCAGAACCAGGAUCAGAAGCUCGUGGACCAUGGCUACAAGGCCGGGAUCGGGGUCAGGAACUCGCUAUUCAUCCUCGCGGCCUGCAACUUCCUCGGGAUGGGCUUCACCUUCCUCGCGCCCGAGUCCAACGGCAUCUCGCUCGAGGAGCUCUCCGGCGAGAACGACGACGAGACGACGGCGCCGGCGCACGCCAGGACGGUGCCCGUGUGAUCAGAGAAGAUCACUUCGGAAUCAGUUGCGUAUCUGUUCGGAUGGAUGGUUGUAUCGGCGGGCUACACGUGUACGCGUACACGUAGGAGUCCAACGAAGGUUACAAUAAUUUUCCAUGUUAAUUAAGCUAGAGUCGGUAAUAGCCCAUCAAGAUGCGAUGGAUCCAUGCUGCCAGUCUAUACUCUAUAGUAGUAGUAGUACACUUGUGUUAGACAGAAUGAGUUGAGUGGGUGGUGAUAUGUUUACAGUCAAGGACGUGAUUUUGUAUCGACAUGAAGAACAAAUAUAUUACUCCCAGAUCUACC